ACUAGUUUUUAUGGGUAGAAUUUUAUCUCCUUCUCAUGGGAAUACAGAGACAGAAGCUUUUCCAUCAUGUCUUUCUUCUCUUUUAACUUGAGCCAGAAACUGCCGGUUCUCAUGCAAUCAGGCACAAAAAUUUGAGCAACAUUAGUCAAUAUGGCCACUCUAGCUUCCUCAUCUUCUGUGCUCUUCUCCUCUCCAUCAAACACAAAUUACCUUGUUCCAUCCAAUUCCCAGCUCUCUCCUUCUCAACGCCUCUCUCUCUCCUCGUCCUCUCAUCUCUCAUCUUCUCUCUCCAUUUGUCCGUCUCUCUCUUUUGUCACCCUCCCCACAAGAUGUUCCAGGCGGUUCGUCAACCCUGCGUGUUCCUUCAGCGUUAGGGCGAGCGCCGCAGACAAGAAACGAGUCCUCAUAGUGAACACCAACAGUGGUGGCCACGCCGUGAUUGGAUUCUACUUCGCAAAAGAGCUACUUGGUUCUGGCCAUGACGUCACCAUCCUCACCGUUGGCGAUGAAGGCUCGGACAAAAUGAAGAAGCCGCCAUUUAACAGAUUCUCAGAAAUUGUGAGUGCCGGAGGGAAGACUGUGUGGGGCGACCCAGCGGAAGUUGGGAAAGUUGUGGGAGGAGCUGAAUUUGAUGUGGUGUUGGAUAACAAUGGCAAGGAUUUGGACACUGUAAGGCCAGUGGUAGAUUGGGCCAAGAGCUCUGGGGUAAAACACUUCUUCUUCAUUAGCAGCGCCGGAAUCUAUAAGCCAACGGAUGAGCCACCUCAUGUUGAAGGGGAUGUUGUUAAAGCUGAUGCUGGUCAUGUUGGAGUGGAGAAGUACAUCGCAGAGGUGUUCAGUUCUUGGGCAGCAUUUCGUCCCCAAUACAUGAUUGGUUCCGGAAACAACAAAGACUGCGAAGAGUGGUUCUUCGAUCGAAUUGUUAGGGACAGACCAGUUCCGAUUCCAGGUUCCGGGUUACAACUGACCAACAUAUCCCAUGUCAAGGACUUGUCAUCUAUGCUUUCUCUAGCCGUAGAGAAGCCAGAGGCCGCAAAUGGCAACAUUUUCAAUUGUGUAAGCGACCGCACUGUGACUUUGGAUGGAAUUGCCAAGCUCUGUGCCCAAGCAGCUGGUCGUCCGGUCAACGUUGUCCAUUAUGAUCCCAAAGCUGUAGGAAUUGAUGCAAAGAAAGCUUUUCCUUUCCGUAACAUGCAUUUCUAUGCAGAACCAAGAGCUGCCAAGGACAUUUUGGGCUGGCAAGGUACAACAAAUUUGCCAGAAGACUUGAAGGAGCGAUUUGAGGAGUACGUAAAGAUUGGCAGAGACAAGAAAGACAUUAAAUUCGAGUUAGAUGACAAGAUACUAGACGCGCUUAAAGUUCCGGUGGCUGCAUGAUUGAUCAACAGAAAUUAUUUAUUCUCUCUUGUUAGCUUCCUUGUAAUAAAGAGUUCAAUGCAUCAAGAAAAUAAAAACAUUUUUGCUCCUUUUUUA